GGUUGCGUUGAAUCAUCACAACAAGAGAGUUGUGGGAUUGAGGUAACGCGGACAUGUGCCGUGGAUUGCCACACUAACCAUCAUCAUAACAGUCAUGGCCUGGCAAUUAUGGUCUCGAUCCCAUGGGUUGGUGAGCGUGGCCCGUUUACCCGCCCCCGUCACCACGGCUCGUCGAACCGUGACGGAUAUUCAAUAUUACAAGGAAGUGGACCAGUCGCAUUUGCAUUUGGUGGAGGCUCAGUCUACUCAGCGCAAAUUUCUGCUCAAAUUGCGGCAGCGGGCGGCUUGGGAAGAGCAGCGGGAAAAGCGACUCAUUGAUCAAGCUAGCCGUCCUUGGGAAUCCGAGGAUGUGCUGACGGAUCAGCCCUCCGUGGCGGGUUACACCCCUCUGCCCGUACGAGAGACCACGGUCUAUGAUCGCUUGCUGGCCACGGCCCGAGAAUCUGGAGACUGUGUGCCUCAAAAGUAUAAAGAGCGCGAAAGCAGUACUUUAUUGCGAUUGCUAGCCUCCAAUAUCGGCCGAGAUAAAACGGCGCCCCAUUACCGCUUCCACGAUGACCCGUAUUUGAUUCCGUACAACGCAGUUCAGCAACGGGAUUUCAUGCUGUCCAAAGAGGGUGGCAGGCAGGCGGCCCGAUUCGUUCGCGAUAACCAUCCGGAGCUUUUCAAUGAUAAUCUUAUCGAACAUGAACCUCAAAUCAAGGCUUUCAUGCCCAAGGCCAUCUUUCAAGAGAAUCAAGCGUCAGUCGAGUCUCUGAAAGUUUUUAUCGCGGGAUAUAACGUGACCGAAGCUUGGCAAACCUAUGAGGCCUUGGACGCUGCCGGUCAAAAGAUCGAUAACGAGACUCUGCAGGCGCUUCUGGAAUUGGUCAGUUAUUACAAUGGCGAUCCAGCCACCGUCGAGAACUACAAUGAGAUAGCUGGGCUCUUCUAUACGGAAGAAAUAACUCCUUGGGAUGGUAAAUGUAAGGCGGAACUGCUGGCUCAAAAGAUGGAACCCUUGUCACUGGAAUCUAAAAUGGCCCUCAUGGCGGGUUCUGCCAAGUUUGGGAACAAUGCCAGAUGUUGGAGCCUUUAUCUUGAAUGUGCGACUGCUCAAGAGCCGCUCAAUGUGACUGCGUACAAUGCGGCUAUCCUUUCGAACGAUCCCAAGACCCUCACGGUCAAUACGGCUUGGGCCAAUGUUGAGCUGGUUCUCAAGGAGAUGAGAGCCCGGAAAGUUGCUCCAGAUAGCUCGACAUUGGACUGCCUCUUUCAAGUGUUGAAUAAGUUCCCCAAAAAUCCAGCCAUGCGUCAGCGAGCCUCCGAUCUGGCCUUCCCAUUGCUGGCCGAAUUCAAACAAAUUGGCGUGCCCGUGUGGUUGUCAGUGUAUGUCAAACUGAUCUAUAUCCACCGAAGUCGCGAAGAUCAGCGAGGAGAUCUGGUCAAAAUGAUUCUGGAUGAACUGCAGGGCAAAGACCUGACCCCCAAACCCAACGCGGAGAGCGAAUGGUUCUUCUGCUUGUGCAUGGAAGGGGCCAAGCUUAUGGAAGACGUCGCCUUGGCGUAUAAAAUCCAUGACAUCCUUAUGUUCGGAACUAACGAGAUCUAUCUCUCCGACGCCAAACGCAGUGCCCACUACUACGCUAAUUUCUUGGACCUCGUUCUCAAAAAGGAACCAUUGGCUGUGACCAUGGAGUUCUUAUCCAAAUUCGUGCCUCACGUUUACCCGGCGAAACUAGAUUUCUACAAAGAACUGGUGGGUCGGGUGCGACGGGAAGGUGCCCUACAAUACAUCCCUAAGAUCUGGACGGAUCUGACCAUUUCAUCGUUCUGUGGGGCUAAUCGAAUGCUGAAGAACGAGGCCAUCGAUUGGUUCUUGGGAUUGAUUUUGGACAUUGACACGAUCUUGGAUGAGGACAAGGGUGCCUCAGAAGGUGUGGUGACCAUUGCUAAGGAAGCCUUUUCUGAGAUCAGCACUGGUGGGCGACGAGGAGUGUCCCCGGUUUCCGGAAAUGCUAUGGCUCUUCCAAUUUUGGAGAAGAUACUGCAAAUCGCUUUGAGAGAGAAGAACUCCGAAUUUCUGUUGCAAGUUUUGGAGUUCUCUUUUGAAUGGAGUCGCAGUUUACCUCGUCCAAUCUCGCCCGAGUUGUUCGCAACCAUCACGGACGAACUCAUCGAGCUCCGUGAAGAUGACCUCUUGUAUAAAAGUGUCAUCUAUUGCUCUGAAGCCACCAUGGUCAAUGCCGUGGAGAUCUCUCAAAAGAUCUGCUCUGUUCUGGAGUUGAAACCCCAGGAAAAGAUUGCUAUUAAUCAAUUGUUAUCUCACGACAGCAUGUGGGUUCCGUUAGAAUUGUGAAAUAUACGUAGAUAAAACCCACUGUCUUCAAAA